AUGGAUAAUAUAGAGGAAAAAGAAAAAAAAAUUCCGUUGAUACAGCGGUUUCGUGCAAAAAUGAAGUAUAUUUUAUUAGGACCAGUACCAUCAUGCACAAAGGUCAUUCCAGAGGCACAUGCAAAUAUAUUUUCACGGCUUAUAUGGAGCUGGCUAGACCAUUUGAUUGUACUGGGGUAUAAGCGUCCACUGGAAGCAACAGAUUUAUGGUAUAUUGAUGAAGCACGAUCAUCGGAAAAUUUAGAUAAGCAGCUAUAUGAAAAUUAUGAACGACGGAAAGGAUCUAAAUAUGCACUUUUGAAGGCAUUAAAAGAUACAUAUGGGAAGAGAUAUUUUUUAUCAGGAUUAAUAAAGGUUGUGUCUGAUAUGAUUAUUAUCUUUUCGACAGUUGUUAUUAAAUAUAUCAUCAUUUUCUCACAAAAAAAAGCACUUCAUAAUGAACAACCUAAUGUCUAUUCUAAACCAAACAUUGCAUAUGGUAUUAUGCUUUGUUUUACAUUGUAUUUUAUGCAAACUCUUUCUUCAUUUUGUCUUCACCAUUCUUUUUACCAAAGUAUUAUGAUAGGUGCUAUGUCAAGAACAGCAUUAAUUUCGUGUAUUUAUCGCAAAAGCCUUGCUAUUAAAAAUACACAGCGAUUAAAAUUCAAUAAUGGCAAAAUCAUGAAUCUUAUCAAUACAGAUGUAACCAAUAUUGAUACAGGCUUUGGAUAUGCAAAUAUUAUAUGGACAUCUGUUAUUCAAACCAUUUCUAUUUCUAUUCUUCUAUUUUUAAACUUAGGAAUCUCUACUCUUGCAGGACUUUCAUUGAUAAUUGUCAUUAUUCCUAUUUUGGCGAAAAUAGCUAAGAAUCUUGUAAAAAAGAAUCUCGAGAUUUCAGCAAUUACAGAUAUUCGUGUUCGUUUAACAAACGAAAUGCUUCAAUCUAUCAAAGUGAUCAAAUUUUAUACAUGGGAAAAGAGCUUUUUAAAAAACAUUUUAGGUGCAAGACUGAAAGAAGCAAAAUCUAUAAAAUCGCUACACAUCGUACGAUCUAUAAUUGAUUCACUUUCAAUGAACAUUACAUUUUUUUGUAUUAUAGUAACAUUUAUUACCUAUUACAAAAUAAAAAAUUCUCUUGAGCCUUCCAUUGUAUUUUCUUCGUUAACUCUUCUUAAUCAUCUCAGAAUACCUCUUAUGCUUUUUAUUUAUGCAUUAGUUGUUUGUAGCAACAUGUUAGCUUCAAUAAAAAGAAUUGAUUGUAUGCUUUCUGAUGAAGACAACUUCGAACAAUCAGAUUCUAUUAAAAAAAUUCAAGAUAUUUUAAAAUCUAGGAAAUUGGAAAAUUCUGAAGAUCCAGAAAUUGAUGAAUCUAAUUAUUCUAUUGUCAUUAAAAAUGGCUAUUUUGCCUGGCCAUCAGACGAUGCAAACAAUGAAUCAAAAAAAAUGCACCUAUCAUCAAAAAAAUCUUUUUUUGGAAAAAAACACAUACCAAGUCAUUCUAAUAGUUCAGGAAAAAUACUAAAUUCAGAAAAAAAAAAUAAGAUAAAAUUAAAAAACAGUCAAUUUAAUGAAAAAGCAGAAGAUUUAAAUAUUUCUAAUAACAUCAUACCUCAAACAAAAAGUGAGACUAAAGAUGAUUCUGACGAUGAUGAUUUUAAAGAAUUUGACUUCAAACUACAGCUUAAAAACAUUAAUUUAAAAAUUAAAAAGGGCGAACUCGUAUGUAUUGUAGGUCCUAUUGGUUCAGGAAAAAGCACACUUCUUCUUUCUAUUAUUAAUGAAACAUAUAAAAUCUAUGGAACAAUAAAUAUAAAUGGCACAAUUGGUUAUUGUUCUCAAGUCUCUUGGAUUCAGAAUUCAACUGUUAUGGAUAACAUUCUUUUUGGGAAACCAUAUGACAAACAUAAAUAUCAAAAAGUAAUUAAUGUUUGUUGUUUAGAUGUUGAUAUUCAAACAUUUGCCAAUAGGGAUUUAACAGAAAUAGGGGAAAAAGGUGUAACGCUUAGCGGGGGGCAAAAACAAAGAAUUAAUAUUGCACGAUCUGUUUAUUUCGAUGCCGAUAUAAUUUUAUUAGAUGAUUCAUUAUCCUCUGUUGACUCUAAUGUUAGCAAAGAUAUUUUUGAGAAAUGUAUUCGUAAUUUUCUUAAAGAUAAAACUGUUAUUUUUGUAACUCAUCACCUUAAUAUUCUUAGCAAAGCAGAUAAAAUAGUUUAUCUUGAAAACGGGGAAAUUAUGGAAAUGGGAAAAUAUUCAGAUUUAAUUAAUAAGCAAGAAUAUUUCUACCAUUUUGUUGAAGAAUUUAUUAAAGUAGAAGAACAAGAAGAGGAAACCUCAGAAAAAACAACAGAAGGAUUUCAAGUCAAAGAAAAUGAAUUUAAUACUUUAAUGCAAAAAGAAGAACGCGAAAUAGGCUCAAUAAAAUGGAUAGUUUAUAUUCAAUUUAUUAGAGCUGCAGGCGGCCUUUGGCUAGUUCCUGUGAUCAUUCUUUUAUUAAGUGCUUUUGAAUUCGUAAAUAUUGGAAAUAAUCUAUGGUUGAGUUUUUGGUCAAAAAAUCAAUUUCAAAAGUCUCCAAAUUUUUAUAUAUUUAUAUACUUGGCUUUAGGUGUUGCUCAAACACUUUUAGAUUUCAUUAUUUAUUAUGCAUAUUACGCUUGUUCUAAAAAUGCUACCACAAAUAUGCACCAUAAAGCUGUGGAACGUGUUAUUCGAGCACCUAUGUUAUUUUUUGAUACCACUCCUUUAGGACGAAUUAUCAAUAAAUUUACAAAAGAUAUUAAAAUUUUGGAUAAUUCACUGGCAGAUUCUUAUUUAUUAUUUUCAUUAACAUCUUCAAAUAUUGUUGCUAUUUUUAUUCUUAUUACUGUAUUUCUUCAUUAUUUUUCUAUUCCUCUAAUAUUUUUAUUAUCACUUUUUUUUGUUUUAAUGUCAUUUUAUAGAGUAUCUUCUCGAGAAGUAAAACGAUUAGAUUCUUUACAAAAAUCAGAUCUAUAUGCUCAAAUUAGUGAAACUUUAACAGGUCUUGUAGUGAUACGCGCAUAUGGAGAACAAUUAAGAUUUAAGCAUGAAAAUGAAAAAAAAAACGACAUAUCAAAUAGUGCAUAUUUUUUGACACUUGCUAGUCAAAGGUGGCUUACUUUAAGACUAGAUGCAAUUGGAAAUAUGAUUAUAUUGUCUAUUACUAUUUUAUCAAUAACUUCAGAUAUUGAUGCAACGACUACUGGUCUUAUUCUUUCAUAUUGUCUUCAAAUUGUUAGCAUGAUGUCUUGGAUGCUGAGACAAUUUGCAGAGGUCGAAAUUAACAUGAAUUCAGUAGAAAGACUUCAUCAUUAUGCUGAUAAAUUAGGAACAGAAGCACCUUUAGUUAUUCCAGAAAAAAGACCACCACCAGAUUGGCCUCAGAAUGGGGAAAUCAUAUUUAAUGAUGUUUGGCUCAAAUAUAGAGAAGAGCUCCCGUAUUCAUUGAAAGGCUUAAAUAUCCGUAUUAAUAAAGGGGAAAAAGUAGGCAUAGUUGGUCGUACAGGAGCUGGAAAAAGUUCAAUUAUGGUAGCCCUUUAUAGGCUUGUAGAAUUAUCUAAAGGUUCAAUAAUUAUUGAUGGAAUAUGCAUUUCUGAAAUAGGUCUUCAUGACUUAAGAAGCAAACUAUCCAUUAUUCCACAAGAACCAACCCUUUUUGAAGGAACUAUUAGAUCUAAUCUUGAUCCGUUUAAUGAGUAUACUGAUCAAGAAGUAUGGGAUAGUUUGGAAAGAUCAUGGUUUCUAGAUUCAAUUAAAAGACAAUAUACAUCAGAAAAAGAUGGAUCUUCAAAAUUUAGUCUAGAAUCACCAGUAGAAAUAGACGGACAAAAUUUUAGUCUUGGACAACGUCAACUGUUAACGAUGGCAAGAGCAUUAUUACGAAAAUCCAAAAUUAUCAUUUUUGAUGAAGCAACAUCAAGCAUAGAUGCUAGAACAGAACUAAAAAUUCAAAAUACCAUUCAAAAUGAAUUUAAAAAUGCAACGCUUUUAUGUAUAGGAAAUAGAAUCAAAACUGUUAUUAAUUACGAUACUAUCAUUGUUAUCGAUUCAGGUACCCUUGUUGAAUCUGGUUCUCCACAAGAACUUUUUAAUAAACAAGAUGGUGUAUUUCGAUCUUUAUGUUUUAGUGCAGGGAUAACAAACAUGUAA